UUUUUUUUCUUAAACAGUUUCUAUGAUAGAUUCUUUAAAAGACGAAUAUAACAAAUUGAUACCUUCACAAUCAGAAGAAAGUAACUUACUGUUAGUGGAAGACCCUGCAGUAUAUGGGCCACCUGAACUUAUUAUGAACAAUAGUAGUUCUACUACUGUUCCAGAAUUAUUAGCCGAGAAUAGUCGUUCAGGAUCGACUUCUGAAGAAGCCGUGUUUCCUCCGACCUAUGCAGCACUACCGACAACGAAACUGGAAGAAGAACCCAAUCCUUUUGAACAAAGUUUCGAAGGUGCCACAAAACCUGUUUCUAUUACUAAAUUGCCAAGCGUCCAUACGAUUGAGAUACCCAAACCAGCCAGAGUAGACGCAUUAAUGGAGAGUCGAUGGGAUACCUUACGGUCUGGUGUUUUAUCACCUUCUAUGUUGGCGGGUCCUACAUUGACAUUAGAUGAUAAUUCUCCUCAUUUUAUCACCACAAAACCCAUCAAAUAUGAAGAAGAUACUUCAUUACCACCUUUGAAUCAACCAAAGAAAUCCAAUAAGCGUACAAAAAACAAUUCCGAUACGAAUCUAAACAAUAAGCGAUCCAAAAAGACAAAUUCUGUAGAAGAUGAAGAAAAGCGAAAGAACUUUUUAGAAAGAAAUCGAAUAGCUGCUUUAAAGUGUAGACAGCGAAAGAAACAAUGGUUACAGAACUUACAAGCCAAAGUUGAAUAUUUAACUGCUGAUAAUGAACAACUACAUAUGCAAGCCAAUGCUUUAAGAGAAGAACUCAUUCAACUCAAGACACUGCUUAUGGCGCAUAAAGAUUGUCCUAUUAAUCAACAAGCUAUACAAAUAGCUCUUAACAGGCCUAUACCAGGUGCUCUUGUUCCUUUGCCUCCCAGUUCACAAUCAUGAAAGAAAAGAAUAUGGAUCAAUAAAUUCGGUUGCAAACUAACA